UUUUUUUUUUUUCUUCUCAUGUAUGUGUAUUUCUUUCUUAAAUCUGGCAGCUUUGGAACCUCUUUAAUCAUCUGAAUCUUCAAUUGAAGCCGUUUCACUGUCGUGAACCACUUCAGAAGACUGCGCGCAGAUUUCUCUCCCUACAACCCGCUUAACGUUGUGUCUGAAACAGGAUGUGGUAUUGCUUUUUGGAUUUCUUAUUUUCAGUACAAUUAUUAUCUUAAAAGUCAUGAUGGGGUCUGAAUAGCUGCUGGAGGGGGCGGUCCUCUGCUAUACAGCACCAUCCUCUCUCUCUCUCUAGCUCUCUCUAUCUCACCUUCUAUACUCACAGCUAUAAGAGACUUCCUGUAGCCCCAGACACCAGCUGUGGUUUAAAGUGGAAAAUGUCACUGCAUGGGCACUUCAAAGAAGAAUGGAGCGACAAUUAAGAGAGUGUGAGAGUGAGAGAGAGAGAGGUCAAAAAAGUGAGAUCGUGAUGCUCAAGUAGAAAGACAAGAGAGACAGAAGAGACAACCUCCACAGACAUCAGUCCAGAGGAGAGGAUGACAAUGUGUCUGACCUCAGUGUCCCCGUGCUGCCUUUACUGACCGAGACUAAUGAGUCACACUGCGGUAAUCGCCAUGGAGACACUGUGGCCCUUUUACGUUCUGGUGGUUCUGGUUCCAGCCCAUGCAGCACAUUCCCACAAAGGCUCACACGGACUCUUCUGUGUGAAUGAUUAUGUCAACAAAGUCAGCUGCACGUGGAACAGCACCUCGGUGGAUCCUGGUGUGGACUGUUGGAUCAAUGGAACCAAGAGAACCUGGAUCUUGGAGAACGGCACAAGACGUCCUAAGAUAAUUACCCGAGUCUGCAAGCUGAAACGACAGGGAACCUCUCCUCCAGGCUGCACUUUUGUCUUUGAAGAUGAAAUAUUCAACUUUAAAGAAGUCAGCAACAUCAGCGUGAACUGUAAUGGCAAGUUGAUGGAAAGGCUCACAAAGUACAGACCACUCAAUCACAUUAAAAUGAAUCCUCCAGAUGUUCCCUCUGUCAUUGCCACUGCUAAUGAGACCUGUGUGUCCUGGCGUCCAGGCAGUCCUCGCUCAGUCUACAUUGAAACCUUUGAUUUUCAACUUCAGGUCAAACUGAAACAUCAGACGUGGAAGGAGGCCAGUAUUAUGUCGACCCAGGAGGAGCAGUUAAGAAUACCUGCUUGGCAGCUGAAGGGCCACUGUCAGGUCAGGGUGAGAGUGAAGCCGAGUGACAAACAUAGCAGCCACUGGAGCGACUGGAGUCAGACCACGUCCUGGACUGGAGCAGGACUGGACGAUGAAGAUUGGUUCAUGAGUUCCAAGUCACCGGUAAUGUGGGGGGUGAUGUUGAGCGUGACUCUUAUUGUCGUAAUGUUCAUCAUUUACAGGACUUGUGUGAGCAAACGGCGUGGCAGUGUGAAGCCGUUACCAAACCCUUCCAAAUACUUCCCCACUCUCCACCCUGUCCAUGGAGGAACUCUAAAGAAAUGGCUCAAUCCUCUGUCGGCUUCUGAUUCCUUCUUCAUGGCUCAGCCAUGUGACCACAUCUCCCCUGUGGAAGUGUGUGAAAAUUGGGAAGUACUGCCCUCCACCUCUCCGUGCUCCAGCUCCACCAUCGCUCUGCUUCACACCAGGAGCUUCCCCUUCGCUGGCACAGACUCCAGCAGGGUCGUCUGCGAUUCCUCCUCUUCAUCCUGCUUCUCAAACAUGGGCUACUUCAUGUCCAGCUCCGGCAGCGUAGCUCAGACUGAGCCCAGUCCUGCCUACUUCGCCUAUCAGGAGGACUUCCACAGUCUGCACAGCGGCCACACCCUCCACCUCACACUGUGUGCCUCCAUCACCUCCUCUUCCUCAGCUUAUGAAAGCUUGAAGAGGGAGCCUCAGAGCCCGGACUCGGGUUUUGGCAUCAGACAGGAAGAUGAGGAAGACAACAAAGAUGAAGAGAACAUGAGUGAAGAAGGAGAGGAUGUCUCAGAUGAUCACCUACAGUCACCUCUCCUUAUUCUGCCUCUGCAUCCUGCAUCCUGGGUGUGUCCUCCCUCUCGAGCUCCUGCUCAUCUUCCCAGUCUAACUCAGAUAUGCUCUGAGGAGCUGGACGAUUCCCCUGUAGCAGCUGCUUCUGGUAACUGUGCAGCCUGGCCGUUGGCUGAUACCAUGUGCAGGUCUUCCUCAAUGCCGGCUGAGCCCUGCAAAACCGGUUACCUCACCCUCAAAGAACUGCAGACCACAUUCAGCAAUAAAUCCAUAUAGAAAGUGUAUCCAGGGGCAAAAUGUAAUCUCUGCUUACACUGAGCAGUGUGACAGAUUAUUGUGGGUGGUUCAAAACUGUACGAUGAUUAGCAGAACAAGCAGGUUACAGGUGAACUUGGGCCCUCUGUUGUUAUGACAGAUCCCAGUGGGGAAUUCACAGCUGUAAACAAUCAAGUGAAUGAUGGCUGACAUCUGUUCAGCUUUGCUAGCUUCAGGGUGUGUGCUGGUUCAUAUUUUUACACAAUUUGUUCUUGUUCUUGAGGUGGCAAGAACAAGAACAGGAGAUUGCUGUAUUUUACUCAGUGAAAGUGACCUCUGUUUCAGAUUGGCUCCUGAGUUCCAAGUCACUGGUAAUGUGGGGGGUGAUGUUGAGCGUGCAGAACUAAAGUUAAGUAAGUAAAGAAUGAGUAAAUAGGGCAGUGUUUUCUCAAUCCGGCUCCUCAGGACUGUUUCCCUGCUUCAACACACCUGAAUCAAAUCAGCUCGUUAACAAGCUCUUCCGAAGCCUGGUAACGAGCCAUUCAUUAGAAUCAGGUGUGCGAGUUGGUGCAGGGAAACAUCUAAAAACAUGCAGGGCAGUGUGUCUCCAGGACCAGGAUUAAGACACACCACACAAGAAAAAAAAAGAUGUGCCCAGAUGCUGUAAGCUGCAAGAACUCCAAAAAACGAGGGCUGCAAGUCGUAAAUGUCUUUGUUGUUGUAGAGUAUGUACAGACCCGCACUGUCUCGUUCGUGUUGUUUGAUCAGUAACACCUGUGCGCCUCUUGCUGAAACAGAUCAACAAUGGCUGCUGUGCCCAAAAAAAGAGGCCCUUUUGAAAAUGAUUGUUUUCCUGCUCACCUGGUAAAUGUAAAUCCUACAAUCAGGCCCCAUGUAGCUUCAAUUUCUUUCUCUCUGUUGCUAAAUUUACAUAGCAAACAAAUCAAACUAUAUAAUGUGUUGUUUUUAUAAAAAUGUUUUUAGCAUUAAUGUAAGUAAUCACCGCAGCCUUUUCUAUUACUUUAACCUUCAUUUUCAAUUAGCACCUCGUAUCAGCUCUGGUUUUGUUUUUUUAUUUUAUGGCUGUGAUUGUUUCUAUAUUGAGUUUAAAUUGACUGUACAGUGACCCAGCUCUUCCUAGAGCAUCUUCCAUCCUAGCACUUACCUUACCCUCUACACUCUCACGCUCUGUCAGUCCACUGUUCCUAUCUAGUGGAUUUUCUUUCCAAGACUUCUUCUAUGUCGCUUCUUCCUCUUUUUGUAAGUCACUUUGGAUAAAAGCAUCUGCUAUAGGAUUAAAUGUAAAUGUUUCCCAGCUCCAACACACCUGAUUCAAAUCAAUGAAUAGAUAACGAGCCACUGUUUAGUAUCAGGUGUGUUGGAGCAGGGGAACAUGCAGGCCAGUGUGACUCCAGGACCAGGACCAGGAUUAAGAAAAACUGAGGUAGAGGACUGACUAUAGGUCAUUAUUAGCAUGUGUGGGAUUCCUAUUAGAUACUUUAAAACAUUCUUUCUUUAAUUGAAUGAGCUUAUUUUGCAUUACUCUUCUUAUAUAUAAAAUAACGUUGCAAAGCGGUGCAUGAAAGUAGACGUUACUUUAAAUGGAAUGCUAGUCGGUUAUCAAUGACACUUUCUUGAAUAGUUUUUUUGUUGUUUGCUUUUAAUUACUUUAACUUGUAUCUUACCAAGACAAACUUCUAUGAAUAUAUAGUGUGUAGUGUGUAUAGUGAGUAUAUAUACUGUACUUAUAAAUAUAUGAAUUAGCAGUAAGGCAAGUUUGAAAAGUAAUAUAUGUACAUAUAUAUAUAAGAAAAUGACUUUUGAUGAAGCAUGUGUAAGCACUGUUUUAGAGUUGAAUCAUUCGAGGGUGUUCUAUUACAUUUUGUCUAAAUAUGAAAGUAACUCACUGUAGAAACGGGUAUUGAUUUGUUUUUGUUUGUUUUACUGAUCUUUUGUCAAAGGAAAGGCAGCUGGUUUGCCAAUAUUGUUAUAUUUAAAAUAUUAUCGCUUUUUUUUUUUCAUCAUUACGUAAGUAGAUCAAUAAUAUCACCUGCCAUUCUUUCUCUCUGGCUUUACAGGUUUGAAACGAUGUUCGCUGCUUAUUCUACAUUCAUAUAAAUCACUAAGGUCAGUGUGAAAUGCUGCUCCUCUCUACCCGUGCAGUAUAUUUCCAUUGCACUGGGUGACAUACGUAUGUGUGUAAAGACCAAACAAAAUAAAACCUCUGCUAGAAAUGGG